AUGGCCCCUAUUGGAAACGCGCAUCUGACCAUGGGCCAGCUAUCUGGAACAACCGCAGCGUGUUCCACCCUGCGACCUUUGAGGCUCGUGGUGAAGGAGACCGCUUUGGAAACAGGGCCGUUGGUCGGCAGUAGCCCCUUGCAUGUCGCGAGACACCGUCUCCUUCUCCUCGUGAUGAACGCAAUCAAGACCGAACGUGCACCUUUCUCUCAAGGGAGUGGGCGCUGCCACGAUGAAUACUAUUACAUCAAUCGCCGAAGGCGCGCCCCCUCUUUCCAAGAAUACUACUCGCCUUGUGCCACCAUGUCAGCACCGCCGCAACGCGUCGCCAUCUUGGUAACAAGUCGGUCGGUCAUCCCCCUGUCUUCUCACUUGGUGACCCUGAUACAACGGUCGGGCAUUCUCUCGCUCUCGUGUUCAACCGUUACAGGCGCGGCGAGAGGACCAGGGUGGAGGGCGUACCAGUUCGACCCGGAGCCGGACCGAGUGCUGUACUUUACAUCCGUGGAUAUCGACGCCUGA